UCUUUUCCUCUCUAAUUCGUCAUACGUUUGCAUGUCGAGGUGAUGGCGUCAUCACAGCGCUAAACACGAUGACAGAUGUGACGUGCCGUCUUUCAUCUGUGCUCUUUGUUGCUCGGGGUUGAAAGCUCGCCGUGUGGUUUGAAUUAGCAUGUGGGCUAGAGCUAGCGGUAGCGCUUGGCGAGCACGAAGCUGUGAGGGCGCCACGACUUUUUUUUUUAUAAUAACCGUUUUAAACUUGUACCGUUUAAGACGAUAGCUCAAAGAUUGUAUAAUUAACAAUUUAAUAUGUGAAUGUUUUGGUUAAUUAAUCCAGGUCGUGUGCAGCGCGUUUUAAAAGCGACGAGCCUUGUAAUGACAUUUGCUCUGUAAUAUUAAAGCAUUGUAGUAAACAUGGUUUGCCCAAAUUAGGUACUGGAUUGUAUACCCUUCUAAAAUUAAACUUUUUGGGAUCUGCGAAUAAUCUGAAGAACAAAGACGGUGGAUCAUAAGCAGUUCUAGGCAGGGACCGAAAGAAGGCAGAGUAAUCGUUGCAAGCAAAGACAGGAAAGAUGCAGAUUAUAAAGGGGCGUGGAAGGAAAGAAGAAAAAAGCAGGUCUGUGGUGGAAGGAAGGGAGGUAAGGAAGGCAGAAAAACAGGUUUAAGUGCAGGAAGAAAGGAUGUAAGGUUUGAUGAGUAAAAGCCGGUCGAAAGGAAGGAAGUAAGGUAGGUUUCAGAAAAGGAAAGAUUGAAAUUUGAAUGCCGGAAUAUAAAGGAACUCUGAGGGAAGGAACAAAGUCAAGAAGGAAAAAGUGGCCAGAAAAAAAUGUAAAUGACCGUGACUGCAAAGAACCGGAGCAGCUCAGGAAGCUCUUUAUUGGUGGCCUGAGCUUUGAAACUACAGAGGAGAGUUUACGGGCCCAUUUUGAGCAAUGGGGAACACUGACGGACUGUGUGGUGAUGAGAGAUCCCAGCAGCAAACGGUCGAGAGGCUUUGGCUUCGUGACCUUCUCCUCCAUGUUGGAGGUUGACGACGCCAUGAAAGCAAGGCCUCAUAAAGUAGACGGCCGAGUUGUUGAGCCCAAGAGGGCCGUGUCCAGAGAGGACUCCAAUAAACCAGGCGCUCAUCUGACAGUGAAGAAGAUCUUUGUAGGCGGUAUCAAGGAGGACACCGAAGAGUACCACAUCCGAGACUAUUUCAAGAAAUACGGCAAGAUUGAAUGCAUCGACAUCAUGGAGGAACGCUCUUCGGGCAAAAAAAGAGGCUUCUGCUUUGUCACCUUUGACGAUCAUGACACUGUUGACAAAAUUGUCGCUCAAAAAUACCACACCAUCAACGCGCACAACUGUGAGGUCAGGAAAGCGCUCUCGAAGCAAGAAAUGAACGUCAUGUCGAAUAACAGGGGAAGGAGUGGAGGCUCUGGUAACUACAUGAGUCGAAGUAAUAAUUAUGGAGGCGGUGGCAGCUACGGUCGAGAUAACUAUGAUGGAGGGCGAGGUGGUUAUGAUGAUUUUGAUGGUCCUCGUGGUAAUUAUGGUGGAGGAGGAGGCUACGGAGGACGAGGGGACUAUGGAGGCGGCUAUGGUAAUCAGGGUGGUGGAUUUGGUGGCGGCUGUGAUGGAGGGUACCGAGGUAAUGGUGGAGGUCCUCGUGGUAAUUAUGGUGGAGGAGGAGGCUACGGAGGACGAGGGGACUAUGGAGGCGGCUAUGGUAAUCAGGGUGGUGGAUUUGGUGGCGGCUGUGAUGGAGGGUACCGAGGUAAUGGUGGAGGUUACGGCGGGGGCGGAAAUUACAAUGAUUGUGGUAACUACGGUGGCCAUCAGUCCAGCUACGGUCCGAUGAAGGGAAACAAUUUUGGUGGCAGAAACUCUGGUGGACCAUACGGAGGUGGCUACGGCUCCGGCAGUGGCGGGGGCUACGGCUCGCGGCGCUUUUAAACGUUACAUCGGCUUCAGUUCUUAGCAGGAGAGUCGAGGCGGUGAGCAAAGGAAUUGUCAGGAAAGCUGCAGGUUACUUUGAGGCAUUAGCGGAGCACACGAGUCAGACUGUUUAUGGAAAAAGGACUGUACAUUCAAAUCAAGACAUUGAUACUUUAUAAUGCUGAUUUUUUUUUUUUGUUUGUUUUUUUUUUUUGCCUGCAAAGCAACUGUUUGGGUGUUGUGCAAGGUGUUGAGCGAUUUCUUUUUCUAAUCCAAAGCCCGUUGUUUAUAUCUUGUAUUUUUCAUUGUUUUACAAGGCUUAGAAUGAACCUGGUUUUUGUCCUUUCAGCAUAGUUCCUCAGAUGAGUUAAGUGUCUUUUGAUUCUUGUAUGUGAACACCGGUUAAAACCUUCCAAGUGUCUGGAAUUAGAUUUCAGGGAAUUCUAGUUUGUGCAAAGCCCAAAUAAAAAAAAAAAUGGUGUAGUGAAGUCAUGUGAGAUUGUGUUGUCUGCCUGAUGUACGCAAUUACCUACGAGGCGACGACGAGUAGCCCUAAGCCAUCUAGAGUCGCAUUAGAGGAGCGCCCCGAGUGCCUGCAGCGUGACGGUCAGACAGCGCGUCUUCAGCCAGCGCCAGCACAGUGGACCAGUCAGCAUUGUGAGUGUGAGAGAGGGGAGGAGGAGCCAGCGCAACGCCGGCAUGGAGGAAGCUCGCAGAGUCAAGGCUAGCUAAACCUUCCUGAAGCCAGCUAGCGAAUGGACAUUUGGGGAGGGGCCGGGAUUGGGGGUGUCCUGUUGAGGCAGUUUACUCACUAAAUACUGUAGGUGUCAGACUUGAGAAGGGAGUGAGUAUGUAACAACAGCUGAUUUGAAUAAGAACGAGCAGGUAAGAGUAACCACUUUGCUUGAUUUGCAGAUGUGGAAAGAGGCGGAAAGUCUGUAAAGAUCUGGUAACACGGAAGGGUCUGGAUGGGUAAGACUUUUUCCAAAUAUCUUAAGGCUACUUUUUUUUUUUGAAGGUAAAAAUUGGCAGAAAAUGUCAAGUAUUGUUCCACUGUGACCUUCAUGAAUUUAUGUUGCACAAUUACUAUUCACCAAAACAAGGCCAAAAUGAUUCAUGUUCCGUUUCAAGUUAGUGUUGCGUUUGUUUGUUGAGCUGGUAUCGCCUGGCUCAAAGUGCCCCCCCCCCCAAAAAAAAGUCUUAAAUGGCAUCAUAGACGAUCCUUUCACAUCUCGACAGUUUUUAACUUUUCUUGGCAUUUCCUGCUUCAAGAAGUACAAGCUCAACAUUUGGCCAUAGUAUGAAUCAUUUUUAACUGAAUAUCAUCCUACAUACCAAAGCCUUAUGAAUCAAAACCAUGUGCGUGUUCAAUAAGCAUGGGACAUUUACUGGUUCCAAGGUAUACAGCGGUUUUAAGUCAGAUUCUAAAAGCCACUAAAACCUUUUAUACCAGCCGUAUGAGGUAGUUACUAUUUUUAUUUUAUAUAGUCAGUGUGGCUAAAGUAACAGGAUCCCCACCUGUCCCGUAGUCAGUGCAAGCAGUCAGUGAGCCCAAUUCCUUUUCCCCUUAUCAAAUGUUAAUUUAUUUUUUAAAACAUUUUGAACAUGGCUAGUGUAGGAGUUGGUUGUAGGGUGAUGUUUUCAUGGAACAGAAACUUGCCAAGCUAAUUGUUUGUCAUUGAUGCACCGGCAGCCAUUUGAUGGCAACAUCACAUUCAGCCUUGCCAUGCCCAAGGUCGAAUUUAAUCCACAAUGCAGAGCCCUGGCCUGAGGUUAUUCACGCAAUGGCACAUAAAAACUUGUUCCAGUUGGCCUUUCUUGCCUGUUGGGCCAUGCAUUUUUUUUUAAUGUGAUUGGAACUUUAACAAACCAAUUUCAUCGCCACAGUCUGAAAGCUGUAUCAAAUGUAGUGUCGUAAGGUCACACACGAGACAUGGCACAAAGGAGGGUGUGUCUCUAACUGCUAUUAGCGUUCACUAGACUUUAUGGCUUGAGCUGGAAUAAAGGUGUUUUUCCAAUGUUUAUUUUUCUGUUUCGUUUGAUGUCAAGCUCUUGGUGACAUAAUGUUUACAACCUUUUCAAAAGUAAAUCUAUGACAUGUUUCUGACCUGUUUA